UUUGGCCUGUCAGCCCGAGACCGUUCAACAGACGGACGUACACCAAGGGACUCUACUUAAGGCCUAUAACUAGCCAAAUCGCGCACCAUUGAGGACGGUUACAUGUAUGUGGAGGAAGAUUACAGGGCACAAAAUUACUAUUCGAUCCAAAUUUUUUUUUACAUUUUCGCAACACAGGAGGAAAUCUGUCUACUUUGAAUACGAUUUUUUACUUUCUCGGGAUUGCAUUGAUCGAAGUCCUAUCAGCACGCUUUUGGAAGGAAUUUGCUGUCAAAUUCAGACCAGAGGAACGUACCUCUGGUCUGAUAAACAAGAACGUACCUCUGGUCUGAUAAACAAGAACGUUUAUCAGACCAGUAAAUUAGUGUGUCACUCCACCCAUGUGCCGGAUUGACGAUGAUGGGGAACGUCAAUUUUCGAGCCAGGUAUAUCCGGAUCCAAUUUUGGAAAGGCGAAACCCGACCAGAAAUACACCACCACACGGCUUAAAAGUGCUCCCAUCUUAUGGAGAUGCAUUGCCCUCCGUUGGCUCACAGCCUGAUCAGCAGAAGUAAAUGGUGUUGGGAUCUUUGCGGCGAGUCGCCUUGAAAUUUUGACAUAACAUCUCAGAAACUUGUUGAAAAACUUACUUUUUUUAUAGUCUAAAUGGGUUCAUCAAAGAAAAAUAUCAUAAAUAGUGAGUCUGGCAUUAUGGAUCGAUGUCUACAGUCGCUGUAACUUCCAGCGUUAAGCACGUUAUCUUCACCACCGUCAUAAUGCGUCGGUAGACCUGGAGUAUAUUUGCAAAGAGUGCUAACUUAAUUUUAUCCGAUGAUAUGCAUAGGGUAGGUUCGAAUCUCCAGUAGAGCGGGUGUCAGUAUGAAAAAUUGGACUUUAGUCGAUGUAUGAGAUGAACAUAGUACAGGAACAACGAGCAGCGACUCUUUUUCAGACUUUCUGCAAGUUCAUUGACUCAGUGGGUUGCUUUGCACUGGAUGUACGAGCAUAUGAUUUCAAAUUUCUCAGACCAGAAAGUAUAAAAAUUAGAUAUCAUUCUCCAAAACCUUGAAAGUUGUAAACAUUCUGAACGCUUUAUCUGUUUUUCUUUACAGAAUGCUUCAAGUUUACGUCGACAAAAAGGAUAAAUACUAUUUCGAAAUAUGAACUAGUUACUUAAAUUACAAUGUGAGUAUAAGAUCGGAUGGACGAGAGUUGGCAAUGUUCUUUCUUUGUAUUCAAUAUACAUCUAAUUCCAAGCUUGCAAUCCAGCAUCUGGCUAUCUUGCUCGAUGAUCCAGCCAGUCAUUCAACAAGUCACAAUUUUUUAGAGCUCAGA